CUAAUUAUAUGUUAUUUUCAAUAAUGAAAUGCAUUUAAAUUUUGAUUAAUUAACAAAUUGAUUGCAUAACAGUUGAGAUUACAAUUAGUUUGCAAUCAAUGAGGAGUUGUUAUUGUCUUUAAUGAUUGACAUCAAACAACUGAUGACUUUAAUAUAAAAUUAUCACUUUAUUUGCAUUCAUAUAUCACUGUUAUAAGUGGUGACAACUCUUGAGAACAGAUAGUAUGGACAAUGACACCGAUGAUGGCCAAGAGGUCUGUCAAAUGACUAAACAAAAGAAGAGGCUUUUGAAAAUUGUGGGCAAACUAUAUAAAGUCGAUUUGACUGAACUCUGCGAUAAGUUUAGUGUCUGUAAGAGUGGUAAUAAAGUGGUGAUAAGGAAUCGGAUCAUUGAUCUCAUUAAUGAAGAAUCGAAAUCACAAAAUGACAAUAAAUGGAUUGAUAUCAGAAAAAACGUUAAAAAAGUCUAUAAAAAUAAUGAUAAAAUUAAGAAAUCUCCCAAAAAAUCAAAGAAGAAAAAGAAGAAGAUUGUCAGUGAAACGCCAUCCAAAAGUCAGAGUAAUACCGAAACUGUUGUUAACAAUGAGAACUCAAAUUCACAGACAACGCACACAAUGUCAUCCACUCAACAGUCGUCUUCACAAAACAAUAGUACACCAAAUGCAACGAUUACUUCUCAGAAUCCAGUGGUCAACCCAUUUCCAGCUCAUCAACCCGUCAAUGGAAUUCCGUCAACAUCUCACACCAUAAAUGGAUAUUCAACACAUCCAUUAAUAAUGGCGCCUCAGCCUCCAUUACAAUCACAACCAUUGAUUUGUCCACCACUGAGACCGCCACCAUUAGUGCCACCCUCACAAAUGGUUAGCCAUAACUAUUAUAACUCACAAAAUCCACAUAACAAUCAUUUUCAUCCAAACUUCUCAUCUCAGCCAUUAAAUUAUUCAUUUAAUAAUAUCGAUAAUAAUAAUAUAUAUCAUGGUUUUAGUGGACCAACCAAUAGCACCCAAUGUCAACAAAAUAAUGAAACAAAUUAUCCUAAUUUUGAUUCAGAAUUUGCAAAUCCGCAAAGUUUCGAUGCACUUAUUAAACAACAAAAAAUAUUAUUUGAUCAAUUUUCCACUUCCAAACAGGAAAUGGAUGUCAACAAUAUCAACGGUGAAACAACCGAUUCAUAUGACUUACCCGAGCAAUCAUUAAUGAAUUUUGAAUUCAAAUGUUUGCCUAAGUUUAAUGUCAUUAAAAAUAUUUUGGAACCAAAAACUAUUGGAUCGCUUUCAGAUAUUGGUGUUACUGUUGAGUUCAAAAUAGAUUUAUGUGACGUGCAGUCAAACAAUAUGUUUAUUAGGCAUAAUAGUUAUGAAAAUGAUUUACAAAAACUGUUAACAAAUAAUUGCUAUCAAAUUCAAUUGAGAUUCAGUUAUAUUAAUGACAUUAAUACAAGACAACAGAAGGAUGUCGUUCCUGAGUAUCUCUGUAUUGAAUGCAAUAAUAAACUGAUUUUUGCUUCCGAUCAGGUUAAGGAGCAAUAUAUUUGUCCAAUUAAUUUGAGUGAUGAUUGUAUUAUUGGAACCAAUAGAGUGAGAUUCUGGAUGUCUAAAGAAAAAUAUACUUUUCUUAUGCCCUGUUUAUAUGAGAUAUCUCUUGUAAAAUAUGAAACGCCUGAAACCUUUCUGGCAAAGCUUAAAGCAAAUCCAUCACAAUUUCUCAUUUCUGAUAUCACUAAACAAUUGAUUAAAUCAAGACAUGAAAGUCAAUCACAAGACGAUAUAAUCAUUAAUAUAGCCAACACCUCAACUAAAGUCAAACUCAUUUGUCCUCUAAGUUGUUGUAGAUUAGAGACUCCGUGUCGGACUAAUAAUUGUAAACAUAUUGAAUGUUUCGACGCGUUUUCAUUUUUUAAAGCCAACGAAUACCGAUACGAUUGGAUUUGUCCGAUCUGUCAAAAAGAAGCCAAUUUUGACUCUCUUAGAGUUGACGGUUUCUUUACCGAUGUUUUAUACCACACCGAUAAUGACAUUACAGAGAUAUUUGUCAAAUCAAACGCAACUUAUGAUAUUCAAAAUGUUACGGCUAAAUGUGAUUCACCGCUAAUUAUUGAAUUAGAUGACGAAGAAGACACCUGUGAUUUCAGUGUUGUUGAAGACGCGGACGGAUGUAUUGUUAUUGAUUAA